GACGAAACUGUCGUUCAGUCCUCCAGUCUGGACGUCGAGGGCUGCUCUCGUUUUCUGGUGGGGCUUGGCGAAAUUGAAGAGCUGGAAUGAAUGGACGGAGAAGGCACGGCGGCCAUCGGAGAGUUGAUCGACAAGGGACCACUGCAGGAAGGUUUAACUGCGUUGUGUCGAGAUUUUGUCAGAGUUCGGGGGAGGCUGAAGUCUAAACAUUGGGUUAGCGCUCGGAGAACUAGUCGAAGGAAGUUAACCGAGUCGAGUGUGCGGAAUUUUCGGGCAUCGAUCAACUUGGUUAGAUUAUCGGUCGUUUUACGUGCCUUCUGGAACUUCUUUCACCCAUUGACUGUCAAGAGUUUAGACGCGAAUCUUUUUCGGUGUGCUGCCUUUCCUGACACCGAAGGCUUUCUUCUUGUUUGUACUUGCGCUUGACAUUUGAGGAUUCACUUCCGAACCGGAAUGCGCUUUUGACGGGCCGAUCCCCUACAUCCUCUCCUCCAACACAAAGGCGAAGGUCAUCUUGACCUCUUCUGGAACUUGCGGCUUACCUCUUCGACGAUGCAAUCAAUGUUGCGAGCUCAAGAUAAGCUCGUGGAGAAAAUCUCAAGCGGAGCACAGCUGGAAUAAAGCGGCCAGGAGUGUUUCUUCUGCAGUCUUUUUCCAGGAGCCGAAGAAGACAUAUUUACUGUUAGAAAACUUUAAAUAUUUUCUGAAUUUGCUCGAUGGCCUCUAGAAUUUAAUGCUGCAGCCCGACCGGGCCAAUGCCACAUCUUCCUGCUCCAAGGCGUGAGCCCAGCUCUGGUUGUCACGGCUGCUGCUCGCCAUGGCUAACCGCCACGUAAACGACAGCCGACACACCUACACACUCAAAUCACGUGGAUGCUCCCAUAUCUUUUUCUUCUUCUAGUGAGCUUUACAUGUUUAUAUGUAUAUCUUCCAAAUUACAGGAGAAAUUUGCUUGAUGGACCCUUGGAAACUCAAACCUCUUGAACGGACCGACAGGUUUCAAUUUACCCCAUGGGACCCCAUUCGGCCACCGUCAGCCAUGUAUUGAUAACCUACUUAUUUGCUCUAUAGAGUGGGAGCGUUGAUUUUGAG